GCCGGCCCACUCCUCCAUAAAGCCUGCACAUCCCAGGAGCGGGCAGAGCCGGGCCACAAUGGAGAGGAGACGGGUCACCUCAUCUGCUCGCCGCUCCUAUGUCUCCUCCUCAGAGAUGGUAGUGGGGGGCCGCCGCCUGGGUCCUGGCACCCGCCUGUCCCUAGCUCGAAUGCCACCUCCACUGCCGGCCCGGGUGGACUUCUCCCUGGGCGGGGCACUCAACGCCGGCUUCAAGGAGACCCGGGCCAGCGAGCGAGCAGAAAUGAUGGAGCUCAAUGACCGCUUUGCCAGCUACAUUGAGAAGGUGCGCUUCCUGGAACAGCAGAACAAGGCGCUGGCUGCCGAGCUGAACCAGCUGCGGGCCAAGGAGCCCACCAAGCUGGCCGACGUCUACCAGGCAGAGCUGCGCGAGCUGCGGCUGCGGCUGGAUCAACUCACUGCCAACAGCGCCCGGCUCGAGGUGGAGAGGGACAAUCUGGCACAGGACCUGGGCACCCUGAGGCAGAAGCUCCAGGAUGAAACCAACCUGAGGCUGGAGGCCGAGAACAACCUGGCUGCCUAUCGACAGGAGGCAGAUGAAGCCACCCUAUCCCGUCUGGAUCUCGAGAGGAAGACUGAGUCUCUGGAGGAGGAAAUCCGGUUCUUGAGGAAGAUCCAUGAGGAGGAGGUGCGGGAGCUCCAGGAGCAGCUGGCUCAGCAGCAGGUUCAUGUGGAGAUGGAUGUGGCCAAGCCCGAUCUCACAGCAGCCCUGAGAGAGAUCCGCACGCAGUACGAGGCAGUGGCUUCCAGCAACAUGCAUGAGGCAGAGGAGUGGUACCGGUCCAAGUUUGCGGACCUGACUGACGCCGCUGCCCGCAACGCGGAGCUGCUCCGCCAGGCCAAGCACGAAGCCAACGACUAUCGGCGCCAGCUGCAGGCCUUGACCUGCGACCUGGAGUCCUUGCGCGGCACGAACGAGUCCCUGGAGAGGCAGAUGCGGGAGCAGGAGGAGCGUCACGUGCGAGAGGCGGUGAAUUACCAGGAGGCGCUGGCCCGGCUGGAGGAAGAGGGGCAGAGUCUCAAGGACGAGAUGGCCCGCCACCUGCAGGAGUACCAGGACCUGCUGAAUGUCAAACUGGCCCUGGACAUCGAGAUCGCCACCUACAGGAAGCUGCUGGAGGGCGAGGAGAACCGCAUCACCAUUCCUGUGCAGACCUUCUCCAACCUGCAGAUCCGAGGGGGCAAAAGCACCAAAGAAGGGGAAGGUCACAAGGUCACAAGACAUCUCAAAAGCCUCACAAUACAAGUUAUACCAAUACAGGCUCACCAGAUUGUAAACGGAGCCCCGCCGGCUCUCGAAACCAGCCUGGACACCAAGUCCGUGUCAGAAGGCCACCUCAAGAGGAACAUUGUGGUGAAGACCGUGGAGAUGAGGGAUGGAGAGGUCAUUAAGGAGUCCAAGCAGGAGCACAAGGACGUGAUGUGAGGCAGGACCCACCCGGUCACAGUAUGAGGAGCCUGCAGCAGGAGUCGGGGUAGUUGCCCCUCCUCUACUAGCUGUGUUCCCCAGGCUUGAGUUCCCCCCCCCGCAGCUGCUCCUCUUCCCCCUCCAUCUCUAUACCAGCUUGUUGCCCUAGGCUCCAUCAGCAUUAAGUCAGCCAGACAGCACCCAUCCCGUACCCAGCAAGUCCAACUAACAGGGCACUCACCCCGAAGGGGCGGCUGGGAGGGGCAUGGCCAGCAGCUUGGGUUAGAAUUGGGAGGGAAGAGAGAAGUUGGGGAGGGCAGGGAGAGCUAAUAAAUCACCCUCCAUCUCCCGGAUCCCUGUUGUCAUGGCAACUGUUGCCAGAGCCUGAGGUGUCUGGGGGUAUCUGGGAACUGGGCCUUUGAGUUUCCUCGGGCUGCUAGAGGAAAACCAAGACUCUGAGACAGGAAGGGGAAGUCCCCACGGCGGCCCUGGCCAGAGGCUUACUCUUCUAGACUAACCCUGACCAGUCUGCGGGUGGGUGGGGCUAUCCUGCCACCUGGAAUAGUCACCAGACAGAAUUCCUGGCCUGCCCAAAUCGAAGAGGAGCCUCCUGAGUGAUGGUUCAAGUGUCUCAGCCCCACUGAGCAGCCAUGUAGGCAGGCUGUGGGCCCAUGGGAGCUUGGUUCUCAGCACUUGGGCGAACUAUAGUGUAAGUGGUGAGGGAAGGGGUGCUGGGGAGGAGUAGAGGGGGGCCUGGCCCCUAGGUGUGGGUACAGAGAGGUCAAGCCCAGGAGGACUCCCCCCAUACAGGCUGGAGGUGGGGCAGGUAGAGAUGGUGGAGAAGGUAGUUGGGAUGAUGCUAGACAUCAGAGUGGGGGGCUGUGCGUGAGCAGUUACAUUUGGCCUCUGGAUCGUGGGAAUCAAGAAAGUGUCUCAUCCUCUUAAAGAUGCUAAAGCAGGAAAGGAAGAGGCUGCUGUCCACGGGGGCAAGGCCCACUUUGUCCCAGUUCUAAAGGCCCCUUCCUUGCUGUGUAAUCCCUGUCCACCCAGGCCUCUCAGCCCCUGCAGCUGCCGCCUCCCGACCCCAGCAAAUACUGCUGGCUGAGCCUCUGCUGCACACCUGACCCUCUCCUUUCCACAGUGCCUGCUGCUCUUCCCUAAGCCAAGGCCCCUGUGGGCCCCUCUUAGUCAAAUACCAAACACACUCCCAUGUUUUAGGUAGCAUCCUAUUUUAUAAUUGGAUGAGAGGCACAUGCAGAGUGAAGACACUGGUUUGUGUUCCUGCAGCCUGGAGGCAGGACAGUUUGGGGCAGGGCACUUGUUCUGCUGUCCACCGAAAGACUGGUGGGUGCGAGAUCAUUGGUGCCCACAAGUGGGGCUCAGAGGGCCCCCUAUAGGGUCCCCCUCUCCCCUUUGGGGCUAGAGGGAGGGAGAAGUAGGAGUCCCUCACUCUUUCCAAGACUGGGUGUCCUUCCCCCACUCCCUCCUGCCACCCACUCUGCUAAUCUUCAGGGCACUGCUGCUGCCUAUAGUCAGUCACUGACAUAAAUAAAGACAAUUGCUGUGGCCUU